AUGUUAUUGCCAAGAAUAAGAAUUUAAUUUACACUAUCAGAGAAAACAAUUAAAAUUUUAGAUCUUUCUUUAUUAGGGUUGGCUAUCUUAACAUGCUAUAAAUUAUAUAAAUGUGAUUCUAAAAGAAAUGAAGAAAAAUAAAAGUUGAAACGAUUUAAAUACCUAUAUACAGCAGAUGAAUGUCAUUUACUAAAAAUUGAUUCAAAAUAAAUUACAGUCUAAGGUUAGAUUAAUAAUGAUAAUUAAUUCUUGCAACUUAAAUCUUAUCAAGAACAGAAUAAGGGUUAAAAUGUUUUAAGCAAUAUAUAUUCUAAUGAGUCCAUUUUAAUUUUUGAUGUAAAUUUAUAUCAAUUUUCUAUUAGCCUUACACUAAAACAGAAAUAAUUGGAAAAAUAACCAAGGAUUGCUAAUUUGACUUAGAUCUCUUCAAUUAUCAUAGGUAAUGGAAAUAUUAAACCUGUGUCAAUUCUGAGAGCAAUUUUAUUGUUAGAUUAUAUCAGAAAAUUAAAAAUUACUUUUUUGGAAAGACAUUAGUAGAGAAUAUCAAUGGAAUUGAUUUAAAUUAAUACUUUAUAUUUAAAGGGAUAUUAAAGUAAUAAGAAUCUGAACUUAUGCUUGAGAUUGAUCAUAUUGGUUUAACUCCAAACUUAAUUUACUAGCAAAUAAAAAAGUAAUUAAUAUAUAUAUACACUAAUAUAGAAAUUUAAAAAAGUACAAAGUCUAAGAAUUUAUAUUAUCUAUGAUUUUAACAUCACUUAUGUAUUAUUUCUAUAAAAAAAUGAAAGAAUUCAUUUAAAUUAAAGUACUAAAAAAAGAAUUAUUUUAAAACAAAAUAGAUGAAAUUGCUGAAGAUUCUGAUCUUUGUAUAACAUGUAUGACAAAUGUUAGGAAUAUUUUGAUAUUGCCAUGUUUUCAUUUGAUUUGUUGCAAAGAAUGCUUAGAUUAAAUUGCAUAAAGUCAUUAUCAAUGUCCAUUAUGUAGAACAUAAAUUACUUAAUUAAAAUAAGUGUAUAUUGAUAAUAUUUAUUGA